AUGGUCACAAAUAACUAUGCUACUAAUCAUGGCUUAAGUCAACUAGAGGUUGUUGACCUCUUGGUUUCAGGUUUCAUAGGAACCUUGCAAACUUGGUGGGAAAAGCAUCUCAUUGAAGAGUCAAAAGACAGCGUAAAAUAUGUUGUUAAGAUUGACCCUGAAGGAAAUCCUAUAUUCAAUGAAGCAAUUGGAUUAGGAAAUUCAGAUGCUAUUAACACCCUGUUCUAUACCAUCAUAGAAAACUUCGUUGGAACCCCUAACCACCUUACAUCUAGGAUUCAUGACCAGUUGAGUAACCAAAGAUGCCCAACCUUAAGUAAUUUUAGAUGGUACAAAGAUAUCAAACAAGUCCUUGUUAAUGAGGAUAAUGUGAUAGAAUAUGAUAGUCUCACUUACAGGAAUAUCAUAAGUGCUAUCCAAAAAGAAGGUCUAAAGAUGUGUAGUGAUAUGGAAAUAUCAAAUCAAGCCAAUAAGGACAAGAAAAAAGCUAAAUAUGAAAUGGGAAACUUUUGUGAACUGUAUGGCCUACCUUCAGUAGCACCAUCCAAAAAACAUAAGAAAUCCCACAAGCACAAAGAGCACAAAGAUUAUAGUAGAACGUUUAAAAGAUUUAAGAAAAGAGAUUUUGAGCCAAAUGAAUACUAUAAGAAAGAUAGACAAAAGCCCAAACAACGAAGAUUUAAGAAUAGAUCAGGUUGUUACAAGUGUGGUAAGCCUGGCCACUUUGCAAAAGAUUGCAAAGUUAAGAACACUAUUAAGCAACAAAAAUCUCAAUGA